CAACCGCUACCAACAGAGGCUGGGCGGACAGCGCUGACAGCUCGGAGCAGCUCGUUGCGCCGAGGCGCUGGUUGCAGCGAGUAGGUGCCGCUCGGUACCCAGAGGACCCGGCGGUACGGGGGUGCUCACCGCUGCAGUGCGGGGUGUGCUUUGGGCUGGGCUUGCUUAGUGUAGCACCUUGAGCUUUGCGUAGCGUUGAGGUUCGCGUGGUGGCGGUAUCGAGCCUUUCCGCUGGUCCUCCGGCUGAUGAUCUGCGUCUUAUUCUGCUGUGUUUCACUUUGGGAACCACCCUCCUGCACAUCCUGCUCUCUGUUUGGGUCCUUACGUUCCUUCUUGACCAGGGGUCGGCUGUUUACAGAGUUACAGUAAAACAUAUAAAUAGAGAUACUUCUACCUUUUAGAGCAGUGCACUGACACCCAACCAUGCCUGCAGAAGGAAAAACUGAUAUGGAGAGGAUUGGCCUCUUCAGUGAAAUGAGCUAUGUUAGCAUUGGAGAUAACUAUGUACCACGGUACAUGCGCCCUUUUAAUGAAGCUGCAGGCAAGAACAAACAGAUGCUAUCUGAGGGGAGCAAAACAAAGUCAGGUCUUCAGGAUGGUUAUUUUGAGCCUGAGUUUAAGAGGAUCUUCAGUGGUGAAGCCUACUUAGACCCCGUUCAACUAAGGAGACGUUAUAGAUUGGCAGAAUCAAAGAAAAAUCUGGGCAAAGCUUUCAUUCCCAGUAAUGGAGAUAAACUGCCAUGUGGACUAGGCAGUUAUUAUGGAACCAUAGGAGGUCCAAUUAAAUACUUCAGUGCACAACUGAAAGCCAGAGAAAGAUACAUUCCUCCUGGAAAGAAUUUUUAUACUAAUCCAGGAAAAAAAGGAACUGGAUAUGGUUAUCCAAAUCUUACCAUAGGUGAACAAUAUGUCCAUGAAGCAGAUGGUUAUGAAGUAGAAAAAAUACUUGCAAAGAAAGCACUAGAGGAACACAGGCGUUUGCUUAAAGGAGGACCUUUCCUGACUAAUAUAUACCCCCUGGAGUAUUUUGACAUAAAUCCCUAUUUUAAUGACAAACCUUUGCCACCAGUGAAGAGACCACCUCUGGAGAAGAAAAUUGCUGUACCUUUCAUACCAAGUUCUCCUGCUAAAAAGCCAGGAGGCAUGAAAGGAGGCACAUUUGAUCCUUAUCCAAGCCAUUCUGCAGAACCUUAUGUAGCCAAAAAAAAAACAGUUAUCUUACCCAGUACAGAACAAAAGAUUUUUCAACCUCCUCCCGGACCAAAAAGCAGACCUGUUACAAGUAUAAUAACUCAAAAUGUCUUAAGAUCAUUAAAUACAAAGAACUACAAGACUGCAUGUGCUACAUCUUUUUAGGUAAAAAUGGUGAAAUGAAGGGAAUGCUUUUAAGACUUUUAACAACAUGGAUGAUAAUCAGCAUUCAGAGCAAAUAAAAACAUGAAAAGUGGAAUUCCAGUACAUAAGGCAAUCCAGUUUGUUUAAUUAUUGAGAAUGCAAUAUCUGUUGGUUGUUUUUUACUUUGUUUUACACAUACACACACACACACAUACACACACAUAUAUACAUGCAUACAUACUUGGUUGUAAAGCUACAGUAAGUAAUAAAAUGUAUUCAGUAAGUCCAAGGGUGAAUAAAUUUUCAUCUUAUUGCUUCA